GUUGUAGCUACGCGCGAGGCGAGCUGUAUUGUAUCCGCGGGAGCGCGCGCACAGGCAGCGAGAACGCGCAGUUGUCAGCUUAGCAACAAUGGCCACUUCGGACUCGUAAAGCGAAGGGGCGGUGGAGCGUUUCUUUAAAUCCACGAACAUCGCCCUAAAUAUCGGCCUGUUUUCCUUUCAGAGCUGCUAAAAAAUAAACUGGAAUAAAUUCUGCACACGAAUAUAUGAUUAUUGCCGAUAAAUAUAAAAAACUGAUAAAGAUAUUACUGAGAAAUAUUAAAAGCGAAACAUGUAAACAGAACUAAACCGGCUUGCAAGUUUUUUUUCAGUUUAGUGAAACAUUAGUCCAUGUAUGAUGGAUUUCUAUUCGUUCCUGAAUCUUUAAAAGACUCAAAUCCAAAAGCUCGGUGCACGGAAAAGGAUAAAUAGUUGAAAAAGGAGACUUUUAUCCUUAUAUCUUUUUGUGUUUUUUUGAAAAGAGCUCGCUCGCUAGCUGGCUAGCUUAGCUUAGCACGGCUUAGCACAGCUAGCUAGCUAACCAAGGCGAGGAGAAAGUACGCAGUGUCCUCACAUUGUUUUUGGAGGUUAUUUUUUCCGUCAAGCUGCAAGAGACUUAAUUUUGAACGAAACAGAGAUUGAUAAAGAAGUUUAAACCGCUAUUUAUGAUUCAUUGGUGUUAUUUUUGUAACGUCAGAAGAGAAGAGGCGCGCGCUGCAGGAGAAGUUGGCCGGGGAUGAGUUCCGGAUAAAGCCGUGAGCAGCGCUAAGUGUAAGGGACCGUGGUCGGCGGAAUAAGGCAUGCCUGGCUCGGACCGACAUCAUGUCACCAAGCGGAAGUCGGAACCUGAAUAUAAACAACAAACGACGGCCACCACCGGAAAUGCCGACUCCAGGCUUCAUCAGACCAAAUCUACGGGCUCCUCAUCGUCCUCCUCUUCUUCUUCAUCGUCGUCGAAGCACAACAAACGCCACAAACCGUCCACGCACGGCAGCCGGGCGGACUCUCCGGUGGAGCCCCCUGUCGUCUCCAUUAAGCCCUUGGUGGAAUAUGAUGACAUAAGUUCCGAUUCGGAUGAGUUCCUGGACCCUCCCGGACCUCCGGCCGAGAAGGCGCAGGAUGAGCUGUACCGUAACAAAGAGAUCCGAACUCAUAAACGCAAACGCUCGAGGAAAAAGUCCAAAGACCCGCAUCGGGUCCGGGAGUCGGGCGACGACGGAGACAGAGACGCCAAGACGAAGAAGACGGGCGACCGAGAGGGAAAAGACGCAAAGCGGAAAGGCAGAGACAAGCUCGCGUCCGCCGUGGGCGUCUCUCGACAGGAAGGUGACUCGGGUUCGAGGCGCGCGGCCGCAGAGUCGCAUUCGUCCGCCGUCGCUCUUCAGUUAGCCGAGUCCUCGAGCUCCGCGUCGCAGAAAAGUAAAAGCAAAGAAUCGCACGAUUCGUCCCACAGGUCGUCUCACCGCUCGCACCGGAACAAGAUGGAGCCCGAGCGCGAGCACUCGGACCGCAGCCGCCGCAAGGCAUCCAAAAACCGGAAAGGUGGCUCGUCUCGAACCGGAGGCAGUGGCGCUGGUGUCUCCGUCUCCGCCUCCUCCCCCGUGGAGCCAGAGGACGGCUACUCGUCCCGGCGCCGAGCGAGCACGCCGAGUCCGUACCGGGACAGCUCCCGCCGGAGCAGGCAGAGAUCCGAGAGUCCGUACUCGCGCCGGAGAUCCUCCAGCUACGACCGGGACGGGAGUCCGUACGGAACCAGACGCUCGUGCAGCACCAGUCCGGUGUCCCGGCGCUCGAUCCGGUCACGCAGUCGUUCUCCCAUGUACUCGUCCUCUCGUCGAUCCUCUUCACACUCACGCAGCAAGAAACACACUUCGCUGGGCGGAGCCAGCGGGAGCUCCGCCUCCAGGAGCCGCCCAGCCAGCCGUUCCCCUUCAUCUUCCCGCCUGCCCAUCUCGUCGAGCCUGGGGGCGGAGCUUACACGCAGGAAAAAAGAAAGGCAAGCUGCAGCGGCAGCUCGGGCGGCUGCGACUCCGCCCACUCAACCUCAAGACCAGAAGGUGGAGCCAGAUUCGGGUCCGCCCCUAGCACCCGAGCCUCCGCCUCCUGCUCCUGCUCCAAAUCUCAUCACGUCAGAAGAAACAGAUGUAGCACCGCCCCCUCCUCCACUUCCUGCAAAUUCCCCGCCCCCACUUCCUCUCAAUUCUCCUCCUCCACUUCCUCUCAAUUCUCCGCCCCCACUUCCUUUAAACUCUCCACCGCCGCUGCCUUUAAAUUCACCACCACCACUUCCUCUGAACUCUCCGCCUCCACUUCCUUCUUCAGCCCCACCUACAUCCUCAGGCCUGCAGCCUCAGUCCAAAAGCCCCGCCCACAAAACCACGCCAAUCAAAACCUCCACCCUUCCGCCCCUCCCUCUACCACCAGUACUACUGGGAGACUGCAGGGACAGUCCGAAGAAGGCCACGCCCACUCACCGUACCUCAAGGAAAGAACGAGAGAAAGAAAAAGAGAAAGAGAAGGACAAAGAGGUUAGGACACGCCUCCUUAGUGACUUGCCUUUCCCACCAUUACUACCUGGAGGGGAUUCAUCUCCACCCCUUUCACCUGUGCAAGAAGCCCCGCCUCCUGUACAGCCCACCUACAAGAAGAGACCAAAGUUCUGCUCUCCUCGUUUUGGUGAGAAGAGACAGACCCAGAUCGACUGGGGGAAACGCUGCGUGGACAAGUUCAACAUCAUCGGCAUCAUCGGGGAAGGAACCUACGGCCAGGUGUAUAAAGCCAAGGACAAAGACACAGGUGAGCUGGUGGCCCUGAAGAAGGUGCGUUUGGAUAACGAGAAGGAGGGCUUCCCCAUCACAGCCAUCCGGGAGAUUAAAAUCCUCAGACAGCUGAACCACCGCAGCGUGGUCAACAUGAAGGAGAUCGUCACCGACAAGCAGGACGCACUCGACUUCAAAAAGGACAAAGGAGCGUUCUACCUGGUGUUUGAGUACAUGGACCAUGACCUGAUGGGGCUGUUGGAGUCGGGCCUCGUCUCGUUCUCACACGAACACAUCCGCAGCUUCAUGAGGCAGCUGAUGGAGGGACUGGACUACUGUCACAAGAAGAACUUCCUGCACAGAGACAUCAAGUGUUCCAACAUCCUGCUCAACAACAGUGGGCAGAUAAAGCUGGCUGAUUUUGGUUUGGCACGUCUGUAUAACUCAGAGGAAAGUCGGCCAUACACCAAUAAGGUGAUCACACUGUGGUACCGCCCACCUGAGCUGCUGCUGGGGGAAGAGAGAUACACACCAGCCAUCGACGUCUGGAGCUGCGGGUGCAUUCUGGGAGAGCUCUUCACUAAGAAGCCCAUUUUCCAGGCUAAUCAGGAGCUGCUGCAGCUCGAGCUCAUCAGUCGUCUGUGUGGCAGUCCGUGUCCUGCAGCUUGGCCUGAUGUCAUUAAACUGCCCUACUUCAACACCAUGAAGCCCAAGAAGCAGUACAGACGCCGCUUACGAGAGGAGUUCUCCUUUUUGCCCUCUCCAGCUCUGGACCUGUUUGACCGCAUGUUGACCCUUGACCCCUCGCGCAGGUGUACAGCAGAGCAGGCGCUAGCGAGCGGUUUCCUCUGUGAUGUUGACCCCAGCAAGAUGGCGCCUCCAGAUUUGCCUCACUGGCAGGACUGUCACGAGUUGUGGAGUAAGAAGAGGCGGAGACAGAGGCAGAGCGGGCUGACCGAGGAUGCGCCUGUUCAGAAAGCAGCGCAGCAGAAGGACCCAGGGAGCACAACAAGCCGACAGAACAGCCAAUCAGCACCCAGCUCCUCUCCUCCCCCUCCCCCCACCACACACACUGACCUCACGGGUCUGGGUGCAGUAGCUGAUCAGCUGAAUCAGACGGAGAUGGCUGUGCUGUUGAACCUGCUGCAGGGUCAGACCGAGCGUCUCACUCUCCCUCAGAUGGCUGAGCAGCUCCUCACUUCCGCUUCCUCCUCCUCACUUCCUGUCCCUGACUCCGCCCCAGACACUGACUCCACCCAGCAGCUGGAGCUGCUCAGCCACACCCUCUCGUCUCUCAUUCAGGCGUCCAAUAGCGCGCCGGCUCCUCCUCCUCCUCCUCCUCCUCCUCCUCCCGAAGCUCCUCAACCCGAGGCCCCUCCCCCAGAAGCCCCGCCCUCAGACGACACCACGGGCCUCCUCGCGCUUCUCCUGAGCCAGCUGAUUAAAGCUCCGCCCCAGGGGGCGGGUCAAGGGGAGGAGAGCAACGGUGUCCAGUCGGACGGGGCGGUGACGAGAAGUGGCUCCGCCUCCCUUUCCGGCGCCGACUGCAAGGACUCGACUCUCUUCAGCGAGAAGACUCUCGCCCCGACUCCAGCGCUGACCCAUGACCCAGCGACCCCGGCUGCACCGUCUGCGCAGUCAGAUGGUCUCCAUGGCGAUGUGGCAUCUGCGCUCCUGCAGCUCAUUUCCCAGCAUGCCUCAGAGAGCAAGCCCACUUCCUCAGACUCUCAGUGUCUGAAAGAGACGCAGCCGUCGUCCUCGUAUUCCUCUCCGGGAGCGCUAAUCUUCAGCCAGCCUGAACACGAUGCUAACGCUAAUGCAGGAGCUCAGUACCCUCGUGACCAGGACCUCCGCUUCACCCUGGGGUCCUGCAGGGAGGACAGACAGGAGAGCGAGUCCUGAAGCUUCACCACUCUUUCUGUUUAAUCUCCAUCGGAACUGGCCUCAACACGGAUUUUACACUUCACACACUUCUGUCCUGAGGCUGUUCAUUCUGCACACAAACACACACACACACAUAAACACACACAUAAACACACAAAAGCUUUACUUUAUAUCAAAUCUUCAAAAUGACUGAGAACCUGACCUGAAACUGAACAAACCACCAACACCAACACCAACACCACCACGUCUCUCAACAUCAUGAAUUCUUCACUUUCAGUUACAGCAACUGGAUAAAAGAAUGUUUUUGUAAAUAAUUUGUUUUUUCUGUUUAUUAAAUGAAGCUGAGUGAAAGAGCA